AUGUCCAGCAAGCCCAUUGUCCUUGUAACUGGUGCCAAUGGCUACAUCGCCGGCCCAGUCAUUGCCGCUUUUCUCGAAGCUGGCUACGCCGUCCGUGGAUCUGUCCGCUCGAAGGCUUCAGCAGACACCCUCGUCAAGGCACUGUCCCAGUACGGCGAUGCUCUUGAAAUUGUCGAGGUCCCCGACAUUAUCGCUCCAGGAGCCUUUAACGAGGCUGUCAAGGGUGUCCAUGCCAUCGCUCAUCUUGCUUCGCCCGUGAGCCUCUCCUUCACUGACCCAGACCCUGUCCUCGAAGCAGCGAUCCAGGGCACCCGAGGUGUUUUGGAGUCUGCCAUCACCGAGCCCUCCAUCAAGUCGGUUGUUCUCAUGUCUUCGGUUGCCGCCGUUGCUGCUCACGAUAAGGAGCUUCCUUAUCGCUUCACCGAGGCUGAUUGGAACCUUGGAGCUCUGGACUUGGUGAAGGCGCUUGGCAAGAACACACCCGGUCCGCUCAUCUACGUCGCGAGCAAGGUGGCUGGCGAGAAGGCCUUCUGGGACUUCCGAGAUGAGAAGAAGCCUAGUUUCUCCAUGACGGCUCUGAACCCUACCUUCGUCAUGGGACCGACUCCAGCUCUCGAUUCACUCUCCAAACUUGGUGGCACAACAGCCUUCAUCUGGCAGGUCUUUUCCGGACAAGAAAUCCCCGAGCCCCUCUCGCCGGGCUCGUCCUUUGUCGAUGUCCGCGACAUUGCCCGUGUUGCCGUCUUCAGCGUCGACCAUCCUGAGAAGGCCAAUGGAGAGCGCUUCCUGCUCACGUCAGGACAGUUCCCUCCCCAGGCUGCGGCCGACAUUCUCCGAAAGGCUUUCCCUGAACGCCAGGACAUCAUCAAGGUUGGAACUCCAGGGAAGGGAUACAACCCUGGAUAUGUGUACGACGAGAACAGAGUCAUUGAUGGCUCAAAGGCUGUCAGGGUGACAGGAAAGGAUUAUUAUCCUGUGGAGCAGACAAUCAUCGAUACUGCCAAGUCUUAUGAGAAGUUCCUGUAA